CUCAACCUGAACCGUUAGCCACUGCCCGCUAAUAAACAUCCAGGUUUUGACUAGUAAGUGUGUGUAUAAGUCAGUAUAAGGCAAUGGCAGCGAGUGCAGUUACAAUGAUUUUCGCAACGUGAUUUUUGUUUAACCAGUUUAUGAACCAGUAUAAUAUUGAUUAUCGAUUUUAGUGCUAGGGAAGCGGCGGGGACGCGCACGGCAGCUGUGCCCGUGUACGUGUUGGGGUCGCUUGGCGACGUGAGGGCAGAGCGAGGAGGAGCAGCCUCAGCACAGCCGGAAGCAGAAGAGACCCAUCUGUACCCAAGACUCUCGUUACUUCUCACUAAAACAAGAUAAAUAAGCACCGACCACAACACAUAAUACACUACAGUCGGAUCAGCUCAGCUGUGUGUUACCGUAUAACCGAGACACCGUAUCAAAUCGGAGGUUUAAAAGAAAGGAACAGUCAACGAAAACGGAGCCGCAGGCGCCGGACGGGGGCGAAGGGGGCAGCGGGAGAGAUUUUGUUUCUCCGGCUGUUUGGCAAAGGAAAUAAAUAAAUAAACCCUGAGACGAAGGACUCGGAGGAGCUUGGGGACCCGUGAUCUAACAUAUAUCAUCUGGGAUACUGGACACAGAAGGAAGCCGAGCGGCUGGAUUGGUUUUGUUUGUUUGUUUGUUUGUUUGUUUGUUUGUUUACACAGAGCUGGGGUUCAUAACCCCCUUCUGGUUUAUAUCUCUUCACAGCAGCAGCACGUCGACAGUUCGGUUUCUGCUUCUGGUGUGAAGUCGGACCCCGGAGCAGCAUUGCCAUUUCUUUUUUCAUGUUAUUAUCAUUUCAUUUUUUUUUUAAAUUAUUAUUCUGGCAAUGACAGCAGCAUUGCGGAAUGAGUCAAGUUGAAACAAAGUGAGCUGCUUUUUUUCUGUUGGUGCUUCUGUUUCUUCUAUGGCAAGAGUCGCGUUGUGAUUUUAAAUUCUAACAAUUCUUUUGUUUUAAGAUUGCUUAUUGUGGGUUGUAAAUGUAUUAUUCACACUCUCUCCCCUCCCCCCUUCGAUAACCCUUCCCCAAUUUACCCCCACCACUGCGGCCCGAUUUCCCGGUUCGGUUCGGUCCAGGACCCAUAGGAGCACGCCGAGCCCCAACACGCCUUGUACUUAGAAUCGACAUCCCAUAAUUAACUCAAGAAGACACAUUGGUUCCCCUCACGUUUGUUUCAUCGGAUCUGUUCUAUUUUGGGGUGCUUCGGAUCGGGUACAUUCAGACUGGCUCUUGGUCAGAUUGAACCCGAGUUUGGGGAUUAACCCGUUCUUAAUACAUCUUUUUGGACCGGGGUUUGCUUUACCUGUUUGGGAUUGAUCCAGGUCCAUUCCUCAUUAAGACUGCUUUUUCCCAGGACUGCCACAAAAUCAAUUGGAUUUCUGACUACUACUCUAUCAGCGGAUCUAUUUGAGAAGUUGGUGGUCCAGUUCAUUGACUCAGCUGGGAUCCCGAGUCUGCACACAAUAACAGUCAGAGGCAUCUCCGCAUCCGAGAUUGUAUUGUAAACUGUAUUACUCGUGGUGGUGUCGACUCGGUUCGAUUGUACUGCAGUAUGGCUCAGCAGCAGAUGCCGAGCUCGCAGAAGGCGCUGAUGUUGGAGCUCAAGUCUCUGCAGGAGGAGCCGGUGGAGGGGUUCCGCAUAACCCUAGUGGAGGAGUCCGAUCUUUACAACUGGGAGGUGGCGAUCUUUGGGCCCCCCAACACACUGUACGAGGGGGGCUACUUUAAGGCUCAUAUUAAGUUCCCGAUGGACUAUCCCUACUCCCCUCCCACCUUCAGGUUCCUCACUAAGAUGUGGCACCCUAAUAUCUACGAGAAUGGAGAUGUGUGCAUCUCGAUCCUUCACCCCCCUGUGGACGACCCUCAGAGCGGAGAGCUGCCUUCCGAGAGGUGGAACCCCACCCAGAAUGUCAGGACCAUCCUGCUGAGUGUCAUCUCCCUGCUUAAUGAGCCCAACACCUUCUCCCCUGCCAAUGUGGACGCCUCGGUCAUGUUCCGCAAGUGGAGAGACAGCAAAGGGAAGGACAAGGAGUACGCUGAGAUCAUUAGGAAGCAGGUGCUGGCCACCAAGGCAGAGGCUGAGAAGGAUGGCGUGAAGGUGCCCACCACGCUGGCGGAGUACUGCAUCCAGACCAAAGUGCCUUCCCACGACAGCAGCUCAGACCUGCUGUACGACGACCUGUACGACGAUGACAUAGAGGAGGAAGAGGAGGAGGAGGACGGGGAGUGCGGGGGGGGUGCCGAGGCGGGUGACUGCUACGAGGACGACGACGACUCUGGGAACGAGGAGUCCUGACCGCCCCGCCCCCCGAAACAGCCCCCCAUCCAUCCAUCUGUCUGUCUCUGCGCCCGUCCAAAGCACUCACAUAUAGGCGCGCACACACACACACACAAGCUGAAAAAGAACAGGCAGUACAACAAGCAAACCAUUCAAAUGAACCCCCGCAGCUUGUAAUCCAAUCCCAGUUUAUUAACAGACCCUCUUCACAUAGCUCUGGAGUGAGAGAAUAGGGGAUGCAAGGCAGCGGGGUGAAGUUAAAAAAAUUAAGAAAUUGAAUUCAAUAGCAGUUAUUCAUAACAAGUAACUUGCCCCCUCUGUGCUGUUUCCUGUUGUGCAGCUUUUACCAGUUGCUCCUUCUUUAUGGACCUCUGAUUUGAAUUUUAAAAGAGAAACACACGAAUCAUUACUCUUCACCCAUUACUGUAUAGCUUGUGUGAUUCUCGACUCCCAAACAAAAUGAAAUUCUCUUGCAAACAGCCUGGUUUCUCUUUUUUUUUCUUUUUAAAUGUUUUUGGUACAGUACAAUAGAAAAGCAAAACCUCUUUUUAAAGGGUACUCCCUUUUCCUGUUUCCUUGCCUUUCUCAGCAGAUUUCUGCCCUGUCAGGUACUAUCCAGUAAUCACGAAUUUAAGCAACCUACAGGUAGGGAUAAUGUGCCUAAAAUGAGCUUCCCUUUAAAAUCUGUUUUCAGUUUUGAUAGUAAAGGGAUUGAUUACUGGUACUUUUUUUUUAAGAGGAUUUCAGUGUUUUUCUUUAAGGAAGGUCAAAUCAGAGUUUGCUGCAUGGCCCAACCUACAGCACAGGCCACCCCAUAGUUGAAGGCCUUCUGAACUUGGAACAGAAAGGAAUUUGGUCAACACAGACCCAUACUGAAUAGAGACUAGCAAAGUAAUUACUGCAGUGGCAUGUCAUCAACCUGACUGGUAAAUUCCACUGCUGGCUUUUAUUCAGCUAGAGAGAUUAAAACUAAUUUGGCGUGAACCCUACUUUGUGUGCAGCUGAUAGUCUGGCAUAUAUACAGGCUUCCCUUGAUAAUACAGUAGUGGCUAGCAAGGCUGUACAAGAUAUUUUGUGUCUGUGGGAGUGCAGACGUGCAAAACACACUACAGGCCGUCCUGUUUAACAACAGCUUCUUAUGCCACACCGUUUCAAGGGUCUUUACUGAUGAAACACACAGCCACAGAUUUUGCAGAGACGCUUUACUUAUUGAAAGAGGUGGAGGGGGCUCCCUGAUAACCCUGCACAGAGGGUUCCACAGAAACUGCUUCAAAGCUAAAACAAAGCAACAAAGUGUGGCUUGCUUAAGGACUGAAAUAGCAAGGAGGUCAACACCAGGUGAACCUCAUUGGGGCUUGGAGAAUCAAGGGGUGUCCCAAGAAAGGCCAAGAAAGAGAUGUUGGACCAAGGCACAUGGACAGCUAACCAGGCUAUUUUAGGUGUUGCAUUUGAAGUCGAGGAUAUCUCUUCUCUAGGUAGUCAUGGGCUUUCUGCGAGACACAGGACCGCUGUUUGUGAUAGAAAACCAGAUCCUCAUUUUUAGGGUUCAUUGAAAUUACAAGCGAUCAUAUUUUUUUAAUGCCGUAUGGCGCUUGUUUAGGAUGCUGCCAUGUGUCUAGUUGGCGUCCUGCAGACACUCUCAGCUUGUGCCUGCAUCAACCAGCUUUAUAAAUAUGGCAACAUGUUGGUGCGUCUGCCAUGCAGCAGCGGCUGAUCAAUCCUGGAAAACAGAACUCGUACUCCUGUUAUAUGAGCUGGCAAGUCUCCAGAGCUGGGGCAGAGUUUGAUGUCUGCUGACAGUUGCUCUGUUGCAAACGUGUCAUUUCAGUGGGGAGCCUUUUUGUAGCAGUGUCUGAGGGUUGCUGCAACUGGGUAAAGCAGGACUGGACACUAUUAGAUGUCUUUGUGUGUUUAGUUUUCUAACCUGUACAGGUAGCAGCCCCCCAGGUUGAGUCCCACUCCACGGUUGUAAUGACAUGCCUCGGUGUGACCUGCAGAGAAGUCUUCUUUGAGACUGUGUGUAAGAGACCCAAACAAUUCCUAGCACGUUUUAAAGUUUUUCUGGAAUUAUCGGUGUUAGAAGUGUCUGACGAAUGUGCCAUACUACUGCUGUACAGGUAAAUCAACAAACCGCUGCAAACACUCUGGUCUUGAAGUGAGGUUCUGUUUCCAUGUUCCUCAAAUCUCAUACCCAUUUAUGCACUUUGUCAACCAAGCAGGAUAUUUCUGGUAUGGUGUACAGUGCCAAAAAUAUCCACCAGCUGUCUGACUAGGUGUACUAUCCAUAUUAUUUGAACCCUCAGUGCUUUUGGACAGGUGUGUGAAAACUGCAUUAGUUUAGCUCCCAACUCUUUGGAGGGACUCUUGCUAAUUGGUUUGAGCUGAGAAGUUGGGGUGGUGUGACCUGGCUUCUACCCCACUGUAGACACUCCUGUAUACAAGUCCCCCAUAGUAGAAGCAUGGAACAGUUUAAUAAAGCAUAGGAAAGCAUUGUAAAAAAUAAUGAAGUAUGGUAAAGCAUAUUAAUAAGCCAUGGGAAACUGUGGUAAAUGCAUAGUAUAACAAUGGGAAAACUGCACAAAUACCAUGGUAAACUUUCAUAAGAACUGAUUUGGAGUGUGACCCUGAGUGAAUUGGUUCAGCUUUCUUUUACUUCAGUAAUGUACAUAUGUGUGUAAUAAUGCAGAAUAGAGCAGGCUUUCUAAAGCUGAUUCUCCCUCACUGCUUCAGAUCUAAACCACGCUACCCAGAGCCAUGUAAUCAUAUACAGCCUGCAAAAGUGCAAGGUGAGUGUAGCAGCAGCUAGGACAGCUGGUCAGCUGAGGCUUCUCUGUGUUUCAGAACUUGUUGCCAAGGCUUCUGCUUCUGGUUUGCAAAAUAAAUGGAAGAAUGUGCGUGCAAUUGCACAUCUCCUAAGGAGGGGCAGGGGCAUUUGUGCAUUCUGUUUGGUGUGCUUGUCUAUCUCUUUUAGCGGGAUUAGGGGUGGGGGGCGGGCCAUUUUAAUUUUAUGCAGCUGUACAUUCAAGGAGGUUGUGUGUUUGAUUCAAUAUUGUGUUGGGUUGCCUUAACAGUGCAUAUGUUCACAGUUCCUCAUUUGUUAGUGUUAAAAGUUUUAAGAAGGUGUUGCCUACCUUUUUAGUUUGAGUAUAUACAAUAUGGAGCGAUUGCUGUUUGGUGGGUGUUAUUCAGCUGGGGGGGGGGGAGUUGAGUGAGCUCUUGUCUGCCCUCACCACUAAUAUACAGGAAUUCAAUUCCACCCACCUGACCGCUGUGAUUUGCUGUUGGUAGGAGCCUUGUUACAACCCCUAAACCUGUCUGCCCCAUGUUAUGAAUGUGUUUGUGUGUUGCAUUACAAAUACAGUAUCCCAUUUCUAAACAUGGCAACGCUGAAACCCACACCCCCCCUUGUGGCUGGAGGAUACCCUUGCAACUGCAGCUUUGAGCACAUUUUUCAUGUUCCACAGCAGAGCACUAUCUAGGCAGAUUUCACCCGGGUGCAGCUACUGCAGCUCUGUUAAAGUGGAUAUGGUGAAGCGUGCACACACCAGUAGCAUUAUCCAAUACAUUGGUUAUUUAUUCUAAAAAAAUGAAACUGAAUAUUGUGGCUUCCCGUUAAUUAAAAUGUCAUUUCCGCUUGACACUGCUAGUUUUUGAAAGAGAAUUGAAAUCUUUUUUUUAAAACAAUGGGUUAUUUGUAGAUGCCUGCUGAAAUUCUCUUAUCCCAUGUAAGAGUACAAUGAUAUUUCAGUGUUCCUGAUUAUGAAUCUGCAUCUAUCCCUCUGUUUUGAUAUAAAGCAAGCAUGCAUAGUUGGAGGGGUUGAGCUGGUGAUCGGAAGCAGUUUUAUUAAUUUAUAAUUCUAUUUUGUCAUUUCUGACCAAAAGAUUAGUCUUGUAUUUCCAUUAGGCAUUAGAAUGAGUGUCAGAAAGACCUGGGUUGUGCCCCAGGAUAUUGAUGUAAAAACUCUACAGCAUGAAAGCUGUGGUAUAAGCUGAAGUUAAGGUACUGCACUUACAUUUCCACUGGUGUAUAACUGGGUUUGAAGCGAAGGCCAUUUUGGACACGGUUGUGAGGUUUGAAACAAAUAUUUCACAGAAUUCCCGAACAGUCACUUUGCACGCUCGCUUUGAUGGUCAUUUUGUGGGAAUAUUCAGGAUUCUGUUUCACAAAUAUUUACCGUUGCCCCCUGAAUAGAGGUUUUAAAAUCCCAAUACAAAUUGACAGCGUGGGUUACUGCACAAGUAUUGACAGUUUCCAGAAUGAUACGACUGGCUGUCACUUCCCAUGGUGACUGUCUGAAUGUGAGCAGGUGUGCUGUCUAUGGGAAAGGGCUGACCCUGUGCCGUGUCAUUUUCUUAAGUUGUCUCUGUACAGCCAGUUUACUUUUUUUUUUUUUUUAAUGUACCUUUUACUAUCCUAUUUUUCUGAACAGGAGCCAUAAAAACCCAACACAGCCUGUGUUUGUUUAGGUUUUGUUUUCCCAGGUCAAUGUGUAGCCCUUGUCCUGUGUCUGUGGUGCUGCAGUGCUGUGAGUAGGAUUUGGAUAGGUGCAUGGGUACCCUGGCACAGUAUGAUGGUUGAGAGUGGAUACCACGUUGCGUUAUGUUUUACUGAUACUUUGUCAGAAUUUCGUUUUAGCGACAUUCACUGUACUGGGGUUUGUUUGUGUGCAGGCCCAUUGCUACAGCGUACUAAUCCUGCUUCCUGGCUCUCUUUCUAAGUUCAGGUUUCCAUGGAACUCCGAUCCUUUGUCAUGGGGUAAAGAACUGCAGAUUUCCUUAGGUGGCACAAAUACUGCUUUUACUUCUGCUUUGGUUAUUCUCUGUCAACAGGUUACCGGGAUGGGUAGAAAUAAUAAACCCAUAAGAUUUCUGUUCUACCAUUUGCUUGUUUGUCAUUCACUUGGAGAAAAUAAAUAAAUGAGUUUACAUGUUGUGUAAAUAAAAAAUGAAAAGUUAAAUACCUUUGGAUUUGAACUGCAGCCUGAAGAUUUCAAUACAUUGAAAAUGCUGCACUAAAGUAUCUUGAUAGUCCUGUCUGAGCUGAAAUUGCAGUUUUGUUUUCUUUUUCCUGGUUUUAUAGUUUGUCUCCUGUGUUUACCUAUCCCUGUAGAAUGAUCUCGUUCUGCCUCGCUCUCGUUCAAGCACAUUUUCCCUUCUUACUGCCUCUUUUUUGCUGUAGAUUUUAUUUUGGUCUCUGCAUUUACCGACUAAUAAAAAUGUGAAAUAAAGGAUGCUGUAUUGUUA